AUGGAUGCCGAUGUCGAUGCGAUCGAUAUCGAAAAUGAAGAUGACGACGAUGCUGGUAUAUUCAGCAUCGCCAAUGACUGCCGAAGUGAUGACGAUGAUACCCUCACCGGUGAAGACAACGUUCUUUCAGCAGUGAACACGAAUUGCACUGCUUUUGAGCACUGCUUUUGA